GUCCUCCGAGGGUUCUCCGCCAGCCCUGUUUCGCUUUAUUGUUAGACAUAUCCCCCCCUUGCUCAGGGCAUAAUUUCUCGUAGCAAAGCGCAAAAACGUAGUAAGAGAUGUCGAUGCCAAACAGGCCCUCAGACGUUUCGUUUUCGAACCCCGUGGUUGGUGCCAGGGAUGACCCGUCCAGACGAGAGAUGAUCGAGACGAGUUGGUUAAGAUACGCAACCGAUACGGAAGACUCGGACGGGACGAUUCAGCCCCCUCCCCGAGAAUACGAAGAGUAUGUUGAAGAUGGCCAAGAUGGCCGGCACGAAGAGCCGCACCGGAGCGCCGGGUUCUGGGAUCCGAGGAUGGAUAAGGUCCGGCGAGAGGUGGCCACUAACUGGCUUCGGACACUAUUGAUGCUCAUGACCUUCAUCUUAGCGGUGCUGUCCAUGUACUGGGGAGUGCUCACGCACAUCGACGGGAACCUCCACAACCUAGUAAUUUACGUGGUGGACUUCGACGGGCAGGUCGCGCCGUACGACGACGUGACGCCGCUCGUGGGACCGACAGUGACGGAGAUCGCGCAGCAGGUCAUUGAUUCGCCGGAGAAGCGGAAGUUGGGGUACACCAUCGUGUCACCCGACGAGUUCGGCUACGAUCCGAUUGCUGUGCGGCAGGCCGUGUACGACUGGCACUGCUGGGCGGCUAUUAUCGUCAACCCGAAUGCCACCGCCUUGUUACAGCAGGCUGUCGCAACGGGAAACUCGUCCUACGAUCCCACGGGUGCCAUCCAGUUCAUCACUCAGUCCGCGAGACAGGAGACUACCACCAUCAACUAUAUCGUUCCACUGAUGAAUGUCCUCGCUACUCAGUUUUCAGGACGGUUCGGCCCGAUGUGGACUCAGAAUGUCAUGUCGAACUCGUCGCUCGAUAGGGAUGUGAUUGCUCAAGCACCCGCGGCUCUGAGUCCAGGUGUCACGCCCUUGUCCAUCGACCUGCGACCUUUCGGCCCGGCUACCGCUACACCGACGGUCAGCAUCGGUCUGAUUUACCUCAUCAUCGUUGCAUUCUUCUCCUUUGCCUUCUUCCUGCCCAUCCACAUGCAACUUAUCGUUCCCAAGGGCCACCCGCCACUCCGCUUCUGGCAGCUCAUAGUCUGGCGGCUUUUCGCGGCGAUAACGACGUACUUCUUGGUGUCGCUCAUAUACUCCUUCGUGUCCCUCGCUUUUCAAAUCCCCUUCUCAAAUCCGCCGGCGUCGCCUACCGAACCGGCGAUUAAUCCCACGGCGUACGGCCGAGGCUCAUUCGUCGUAUAUUGGAUGGUAAACUUCAUUGGCAUGUGUGCGCUAGGUCUCGCUUGUGAGAACAUGGGUAUAAUCAUCGGACAGCCUUGGACAGCCGGCUGGCUCAUCUUCUGGGUCAUCACCAACGUGUCAACAGCUUUCUAUGCGAUCGAGUUGGCGCCGGGAUUCUUCCGCUGGGGUUACGCCUGGCCCUUGCAUCACAUUGUGCAAGCGAGUCGCUCGAUCCUGUUCGACCUGCAUUCAGAGAUUGGGCUGAACUUCGGGGUGCUAUUCGCGUGGGUCGCUGUCAACAUUACCCUAUUCCCCAUAUGCUGCUACAUCGGACGAUGGAAGCAAGAAAAUGGCCAGCGGAACGCCGAGAGGGCCUCCGAGUCAUACACUGUGUACGAUGCCCGGGCUGAGGGUCAAAAGAAAGUCGUUCCAAAGGAGAAGGGUGCGCUACCGCCGGUGAGGAAGAGGGGUUUCAUGAGAGGUGUAUAAGUUGAGUUACGUACGUAAGGAAGAUCGGAACGAGUACAUAAUAUUGGGGCAGAUGUAUGUACUGCAUUGUAUGUGUUGCAUUUCGAGCAUAUUGGAUAGCGGGCGUUAGAUAGACAAGAAGCAUGAGCUAGAAUAGAAUAGAAUAACAUCAAUUAAAGAUGUUUCACCCUGCGAUGAGUCAAAUGGCGGUGUUCAUGUAGCGUUCUGUCCUUAAUGUAUAAUCUAACUAUGUUAUGUAUGAACAUAGAAUUAAGUAUUGGUUGUAACAAAAUCGAG